AUGGAGGGCUGGCAAUAUUCCCGACCGAUAGAUGAUGAGACUAUCAAGAAAACACCAUCAUUCACCACGCUACCAAUCCGCAUAAACAAGCAAAAUGAUGUAGCGGAUGAAGCCACCAAGAGAGCUCUUCGGGACUGGGACCAUUAUGUGAACGAUGGCCUGGCAAAGACAGCCCUUAUCUCCAUUAGUGAGCUGGGAAACCUGGGUGCUUUCGCCUACCCCGAGGUGCCUCCCGAGAGACUGGCAAUUUUGACCUACUUGACAGAUUUGGGGAUGCUUCAUGAUGAUGUGUACGAGGCAUUGGAUAUGGAUCAAGCAAGGGCAGAACAUCGGGACUUAGGUGCCCUCUUUGAUCCCCAUGGGCAACAGCCGUCGUCAAGCCGAAGCACCCGUGCGCCCAAGUUGAAGAAGCUAGUAUCGCAAAUCUUACUUGAGGCGAUCCGCAUUGACCGUGAUCUGGGUAUGUACAUGUUUGACAUGUAUAAUAAAGGAUGGCUGUCCGCUGCAGGGGGGAAGGAGGGCAAGGCACCUCAAUUCAACUCUUUAGAGGAGUACCAAGCCUACAGAAGGGAUGAUUUCGGCAUCAGGGCAUUCUGGCCGAUGGUGGAGUUUGGCAUGGCCAUGCGACUGUCGGAUGAAGACAAGAAACUCAUCGAGCCCGUUAUGGAACCCAUUGACAAGGCAAUCAUCUGGACUAAUGAUUACUGGAGCUUUGAUCGGGAGUACCAUGAGUCUGUAACCAGCGGGAGUCGACUCACUAACGUGGUAGAAGUGGUUCGUCGGACCGAGAGCAUCUCUAUCGAUGAGGCAAAAGCCAAGGUUCGCCAGCUCCUCGUCGAUUUGGAGCAGCAGUACCUUGAACGAAAAAGCGCAAUUUAUGCCCAAACCCCAUCACUUCCCUCCCAUGUGAAGAAAUGGGUUGAAGUGCUGGGGAUCACGGUGGCGGGGACUCACUAUUGGGCCAGCUGCGCUCCCCGUCACCGUGUCUGGCGCGAUCACUCAAUUAAAGUGCAGGAUAUAGACAAGAGCAAUGCUCACCAAGUCUAUAGCGCUCGAAAAGAGGAGCCUAAAGAAUCCAAUGGCAUCAGCAGUCUUUUAUCUGAAGAUGCAAAGCUAACACGCACCCAAAUGAAUCCGGAACUGAGUAGACCGGAGAUUAUGCAGCUGAAUGCUAAAAUGACACUGGAUCAACAUGAUACCGGGCACAUCGUGCAAGCUGUAUUAGCACUUCUCUCGAGGAUAGUUGAACAAUGCGAGAGCCUGUUCAGUGUUAAGGAGCAUGAGAGAGCCAGGCAACUCCAAUCAGAUGCAGCAAAUGGGACUAGUUCCUUAGAGGUUGGCAGCAAACGGAACCAGGAGGCAGAGGACCUGUGGUACAAACCCGCAAACACAGCCCUCCAAGCACCAAUCCAUUACAUCUGUUCGAUGCCCUCAAAGGGGGUCCGGUCCCGAAUGAUUGAAGCAUUGAACUACUGGUUUGGGUUGAACGAGGUAUCCUUAACCAAAAUUGAGCAGCUGGUCGAUAUCCUUCAUAAUGCGUCAUUGAUUCUAGACGACAUUGAAGAUAACUCACCCAAGCGACGAGGAAAGCCCGCCACGCACACUAUCUUCGGCCAUUCGCAAGCCAUAAACAGCGCCAAUUUCAUGUUCGUCCAGGCCGUCCAAGUUGCACGCCAGUUCCGCAAUCCGAACGCUGUUGAGAUCCUGCUCGAGGAACUGGAGAACCUGUAUUUGGGACAGAGUUGGGAUCUGUACUGGAAAUACAAGCUCAAAUGCCCGUCACCCUCUGACUAUCUGAAUAUGGUCGACAACAAAACCGGGGGGCUGUUUCGUCUUCUUUUGAGACUCAUGCAGGCCGAGAAAAGAAAAGAUGCGGCUGGGGAACUAGCUAACAUGGACGGACUCACCCUUCUGUUUGGGCGGUUCUUUCAGAUUCGUGAUGAUUACAUGAAUCUUCGCUCCGGUCUAUAUACCGAGCAGAAGGGUUUCUGUGAAGACCUCGACGAGGGCAAAUUUUCUUAUCCGAUUGUUCUUUGCGUUGCAAACCAUGCAGAAUUUAGGGACCUCAUCGAUGGCGUCUUCCGACAGCGGCCUACCGUCAUCAGUGCGAGUGGAAUGCAACCGCUAGCCCUGGAGAUCAAGCAACAUAUUGUCGAGUACCUUGACACCAGUGGAACAUUCCAGCAUUGCCGUGACUACCUGAUGCAACUGGAAAGAUCCAUCAUCUGUGAAAUUGACCGGAUUGAGAAGGCCACCAACGAGGGAAACCCAAUGCUACGACUAUUGUUGGAAAAGCUGAGUGUGAAGCAGGAUUGA